AUGCAAUUCACAGCACCUGGCUCCCCUAUCUGCUCUGCUGAGUGCGAGGAGUGCUUAGGGUGGCUACCUGAGGGGACUUGCGCUUUUGCUGUCCUGAGGAGCACCUCAUCUUGCAACGAGGAAGCAUUUCUUUCAUCCAAAGCAUUUUACAGGAUAACAAAGUGGACUGAGCAGCCGAGGAGAACUAGGAACUGUUCCCCUCUGCUACAUCCUGGAGGAGUUGCUAAUGAAAAAGAUGACAAGGAUGGAUCGUACUUGGCUGAGUUCCUGUUGGAAAAAGGCUAUGAGGUGCAUGGCAUUGUUCGUCGGUCCAGCUCAUUUAAUACAGGCCGGAUUGAACAUCUCUAUAAGAAUCCACAGGCUCACAUUGAAGGAAACAUGAAGCUGCACUAUGGAGAUCUCACAGACAGCACCUGCCUGGUGAAGAUCAUUAAUGAAGUCAAGCCCUCUGAGAUUUACAACCUGGGAGCUCAGAGCCAUGUCAAGAUUUCUUUCGAUCUAGCAGAAUAUACUGCUGACGUUGACGGGGUUGGCACUCUACGGCUCCUAGAUGCUAUUAAGACCUGUGGCCUUAUCAACUCUGUGAAGUUUUACCAAGCUUCCACCAGUGAGCUUUUUGGAAAAGUGCAAGAAAUCCCGCAAAAGGAGACCACCCCUUUUUACCCAAGAUCGCCUUACGGGGCAGCAAAACUGUAUGCCUACUGGAUUGUGGUGAACUUCAGAGAAGCCUACAAUCUCUUUGCUGUGAACGGCAUCCUCUUCAAUCACGAGAGCCCCAGAAGAGGGGCUAACUUUGUCACUCGAAAGAUUAGCCGAUCAGUAGCGAAGAUUCACCUUGGACAGCUGGAUUGUUUCAGCCUGGGCAAUCUGGAUGCUAAGAGAGACUGGGGCCAUGCCAGAGACUACGUCGAGGCCAUGUGGUUGAUGUUGCAAACGGAUGAGCCUGAGGACUUUGUCAUAGCCACUGGGGAGGUCCACAGUGUCCGUGAAUUCGUGGAGAAGUCAUUCAAGCACAUUGGGAAAACCAUUGUGUGGGAAGGGAAGAAUGAAAAUGAAGUGGGACGAUGCAAGGAGACUGGCAAGAUUCAUGUGACAGUCAAUCACAAGUACUACAGGCCAACUGAAGUGGACUUUCUGCAAGGGGACUGCACCAAAGCCAGGCAGAAGCUGAACUGGAAGCCGAGAGUCACGUUUGAUGAGCUGGUCAGGGAGAUGGUGGACGCUGACGUGGAGCUCAUGAGAAACAAUCCCAAUGCCUGAGCCCUGGCUGGGCCCAGCAGGCAUCACAGGACCGAUGCCACAGAUGCAACCCAUGGCCGGCGGCACUGCCAUGAGCCACCAGGGUGGGCAGCUGCCCCUCCCUGUGAUGGUUUUAUUGUUGGCCUGCCUGUGUGUAAAAGAACAAUUUUAUUCCUGCCUCCACCCUCUACAUCCUCCCGGUGCCUCUUGCCCCACGCGUCAUCCCAGGGUCAGCUCUGCCUGGGCUAAAUCUGUCUUCUGCCAUUAACUGGGGAAGGAUUAUACUGUACCUGAAAACUUGAUCAGCCAUCAAGCCCAUUGAUUUAAUUUUUAAUUGAGACUCAUCUUUCUAUUCUCUAGAACCUGCAGCACAUUUUUAGUCCUUAAUCCCAUUUGAGAAACAAAGCAUUCCCUGCCCCCCACUCCUCCCCUCUCCACAUCAGCAGACCUUUGGUGCAACAUGGGCUCGCCAUGCCUCCAGACCUUGCUCCUCAAAUUGUCCUUUCUGCCUUUCCUGAACACUCCUUUUUUCUUUCUUUCCUGCAGCCUACCUCCACCCCAACAGCCCAUUUCCAGCACCUGAACUCUGUAAAAGUUUGGAUAACUUGAUAUAACUUGCAGUGAAAUCGCCUUUUGACCAUGCUGAAUUAAUUCCUAAUUGCUGGAAUCGCUUUCAAAACAGUCAAGCUGGGGCUUGUGUAUGUUUUUCAGAUCUUCAUUUCAGAGUGUGCAUGAGUCACAGAAAGCCUUUUUGUCCAGCACCUUCUCAAUCUGGGGAGAUUAGAGUGUUUUGGUUUUUAAACCCCUCCCCCAAGAAUCAACCCAUUCCCCUUCCACCCUCUUCCUGCUUACUAUAAUUAAACCUCAGACAGGAGUGUGAACCAUUUCAAAAGAUGACUUAAGAAAUAAAAA